UUAGGAAUAGUGACGAUCAAACGAUGACGUCACACCCCUAUGGUUCGUCGCUCCGUUAAUUACCGAAGAGAACGCGGCUGUCUGCUAUUAAGAUAGUUGGAUGUGGUAUGUGAGCCAGCUCGCCCAGCAGCAGCGACGCGCGUCGGUGGCCGCGGAUAUGGAUCGGUCGCUUUCAACGCUCAAUGGGAGUAUCUGUUGGCACUUCUUGAAUGGCUCAUGCAGAUAUGGCUCGAGAUGCCAUUAUCGACACGAAUUGCCUGCCGCACCACCAUCGCAAAUUUGUCGUUACUUCCAGAAAGGUGCAUGCUGGUAUGGUGAACGCUGCAGGUACAUCCAUGUCCCUCAACCUGAAAGUGGUGCAGAUGUUGCAGGCCAUAGACUGUCUGUACCAACAGUCUCCCCCUCCACAUUUUCAUCCUCCGUUGCGGCCCAAGGUUCAUCUGACCGAAGAGUUUCAGAGGCUUCUGCUCUUGCACAGGCUGAUGUGUUGCCAAGACGGCAACGCAGGACAUUGAGGUCUGUGGAAAACUCUUCAAACGUCCCAGAUGCUUGGAACCAGAAUGCUGAGAAACGAUUACAAGAUAUUCCUUCCCGAAUCUCAGGCAAGAGAUCAGAACAGUCUUGUGCAAGUCCACACGAAAAAGAGGAAAACCUUCCAGGUAGCAUGGAAGCCGCAGGUGCCGCUGCAGCCUCGUCCGCUGACGGGACCUCAGAGGCAUUCCUCCAGAGUCGAGAUGUCACCUGUGGCAUUUGCAUGGACAAGGUGUAUGACAAGCUGGAUCGCAGUAACCAAGUGUUUGGAAUCUUGCCCAACUGCAGUCAUGCCUUUUGCCUGCAGUGCAUCAUGACCUGGAGAAAAACCAGAGACCUCGGGGCUGAUGUUGUCAAGACCUGUCCACAGUGCAGGGUGAGGUCAGCCUUCUAUGUGCCCAACAAAUACUGGGUUGAAGGACAAGCAAAGGAAAAUCUAAUAGCAGACUUCAAAGAGAAAUUCCGUAAGCGAAGCUGCAGUUAUUAUGCACGAAACAAACACUGCCCCUUCGAGACAGAGUGCCUCUUCCGACACGACAGGUCUGCACGCCGCAGAUCAUUUCUGUGUAAUACAGAUGAUGAUGAUGAUUACGACGAUGAUGAUGACGAUGACGACGAAGACUAUGAUGGUCUCCUUAAUUUUUUCAUUGCCAUGACUCUUCUCCGAUCUGAAGAGGAUGACGACGACAAUGAUGAUGACGACGACGACGACAACUUUGACAUUCCUUUUUUCCUAGCGCAGUAUGGUUUCUGAGCCCCCUUUGCCCUUAACCCAAUUUUCUCUGUGUGGGAAUGGAGAAACAACUGUUGACAUGACAAUGUUGCUGUUAUGACACUGCCCCCUUUGUAUCACUAGUAAUACUUUUGGAGUAGGUGAGGCUCAGUUGUUCUUUAGCAGGUCUUUUGACUGACCUCCCAUCCCUCAACCAGAUAAUUUAAUCUACCUGCUGCAGUGGGCAGCUAGAAAUAAAUGAUUCACAAAACUCAAAUUAUUCUGUGCUAGCUGUACACUGUCUUGAAUGGAUAAAUCAAGCCACAAAAUCAAAGGUUAUAUGUUCCGGCUGUAUUUCUUCCUGCAGCUUUAGUGAUUCAGAGAGACUCAUUGCACAUUUUUCUUUAACCGUCUGAGAUUUCCAAGUGUUCAAAACUGAGUGUUACUGAAAAUCUAUUUUAAGUGUUAUAUGGAUGGUUCUUUUUAAAUUGUCUACUUUAUGGUUGAUGUCCAGUCUUGAUUAUUCCUGCCUCAAUGUACCCUGAUGAUACUCUAACCUAGGUUUUGCCAAUACCAUCAAAAUAUUUUUUAAAAACAAGUUAUAUUCAUACAUUCAAAAUAAACCUUAUUACACAA